AUGGCUGAUGUAACCUAUCUCCGCCACCACCACGAACCCGACGAUGACCCAACCCUAAUCCCUUUACCCUAUUGGUCUUCACCUUCCGAUUUCGAUCUCGAUUUUGAUCUCGAUUUGUACUCCUCCGAUCUCGAUUUCCAUCCCCACCACCACCACCAGUUCUCUCGUGAAAAUUUUGUCAUGGAUCUCUUUCAACAGCGUGUAGAGCAAUCUCAGAUCGAUCACACCGAUCCUAUCCAUCAAUCGCUAAACGACUCCGUUUUCGACAGUUUGAGUCUCGAUUUAGCGUUAAAUUCUACAGAUCUAUACAUCGCUGAAGACGAUUUUACCGAUAUGAGGGUUUCGAGAUCAGAUCCGAUCAACGGUAUGCGUAUCGUUGAGAUUGAUUCGGAAUCGGAUGGCGAGGAAGUUGACGGAAUCGGAAACGAAAACAACGUGUUGUAUGGGAUCUGCGUGCAUUCUGAUGAAGAAGAGUUUAGCAAUGUAAUCGACGAUGUUACGAGUUUUCCUUUCCGUUGGGAUUCUCUUCAGUUGGAGGAUAAUCAGAUAUAUGAAGAUUUUGAUUGGGAGGAAGUUGACGGUCGUUUGGAUGGUAUGCCGACUGGUAACGGUAACAAUAGGUCAGUUAGUACUGUUCUUGAUUUUCCGCAUAUCGAAGAAUCGGGGGAAGACGAAGGAGAGCUUACAUUGACAAGAGUUGGUGAAGGCAUAGGAAAUAUCGAGUGGCAAGUGUUGUCGAAUGAUUUAGGCACAAGCCCUGAUACCUACCAUGUUAUUGCAGAGCCGUUUGAGGAUAAUGAUGAUUACAUUCACACUACAGAGUAUGAUAUGAUGUUUGGGCAAUUCAUAGGUAAUGAUAACCCUUCAACCGGGAGGCCUCCGGCUUCUGUAACUGUGGUGCAGAAUCUUCCUUUGGGGAUUGUGACGAAAGAUGAUGUGGAAAACAACAAUGCUUUGUGUGCAGUUUGUAAAGAUGAAUUUGCUGUUGGAGAAGAGGUGAAGUUGUUGCCUUGUUCUCAUCGCUACCAUGGCGAUUGUAUUGUUCCUUGGUUAGGGAUUAGGAAUACUUGUCCUGUUUGUCGCUACGAGUUCCCCACAGAUGAUGCUGAUUAUGAACGAAGGAAAGCACUGAUGUUGGCACGGAGAGCUUGA